CUCCGAGAAGCCUCCGAGCUGGAAGACGAUGGGCACCAUUGCUGGCAUUAUCCUCACAACAACUCCGUUGACAAGACCUCGAGGACUCGUCGGGAAUUUCCCGAAUCUUCACUGCCCUUCCCUCAAAUUUUCCCAAUUCAGAACCACCCCCCACACAGCCAUGGCGGCCGCGCCUUUCCAUGUCUCCGCCGCCGCAUCGUCGCCGUCAUCCGCCAUUGGUGAAGAGAAGGGGGUAACUUCUUCUGGGAAGGUGGGAGCCGAUGACCUGCUGAUUGUGGGGCCGGGAGUUCUUGGGCGCUUGGUGGCACAAAAAUGGCGGGAGGAGCAUCCUGGGUGUGAAAUAUAUGGGCAAACAGUGACCGUUGAUCACCACGAGGAGCUGAGUGAGGAGGGUAUUAAUCCAUGUUUGAAGGGGACUAAAAUGACCCACAAGUUUCCUUAUGUCAUCUUUUGUGCGCCACCAUCGAGAACCUCAGACUACCCUGGUGAUGUUAGAAUGGCUGCAUUGAACUGGAACGGUGAAGGUUCUUUUCUGUUUACAUCAAGCUCUGCACCUUAUGAUUGCAACGACAAUGGUCCAUGUGACGAGGACACUCCAGUAGUGCCAAUAGGGAGGAGCCCCAGGACCGAUGUCCUACUUAAAGCAGAAGAAGUUGUGCUGGAGUUUGGCGGUGUUGUUCUUAGAUUGGCGGGGCUUUACAAAUCAGAUAGAGGUGCACAUGUUUAUUGGUUAAAGAAGGGGAUCGUAGAAGCUCGUCCAGAUCAUUUCCUGAAUCUUAUACAUUAUGAGGAUGCAGCUUCCCUCUCUGUUGUAAUCUUGAAGAAGAGAAUACGUAACCAGAUCUUCUUGGGUUGUGACAAUCAUCCAUUGUCCAGGCAAGAAGUGAUGGACUUGGUUGCUAAAAGUGGGAAAUUCUCGAACACGUUUGAGGCCUUUACGGGAACCAGUGAUCCCUUGGGUAAGAGAUUAAACAACUCAAAAACUCGUCAGGAAAUAGGGUGGGAGCCAAAGUACCCCAGUUUCGCACACUUCCUCGAGAGCAUCUGAAUUACUGCCAGCAUCUAUCCGCAUUGUUGGGAUCUGAUUUAGUGUUGAGAAGCAUUGGUUUAAGGCAACCCAAGGAACAUUCGCCAUGGAGCUGCCAAAGAAGGUCUUGCAUUUUUUGUCUAUUCUGGAAAUACUUGGUACAGUGGGAUUGCUUAUGUAGAUAACGUACAAUUCUUAACGUCUUCAAUCUGAAUUAUCCAACCAUUGAAGCUGUUCGACGGGUUUGAACAUUUAACUUUAUGUAUCUCUGUACAGGUAGCCGAUGUAUGCAAUUGGUCUCAAGUUCUGCGUGGGACUUGAGUACAUGCAUCACCCUCCAUUUAUCUAAAUUUUUUCUGUGUUUAAUUUGCUGUUGCAUAAUAUUUCAUCUUCUCAUGUUGAACUGGAACAGAACAUGUUUCUUCUU